AUGAAAGCGGGUUGGAAUCCAAUUGGAUCUGCAUUGUUGCUGGCUUCGUGCCUCCCCACAGUCUGGGGACAGCAAUGUCCAGGUCACCCAGAAAAUCACAUCGGUGACUCCGUAGUGACCAGCAGUGGACUGAUUGAGGGGCACGCUGCCCCUCGUAGGCCUGCGGUCUCUGAGUACUUGGGUAUUCCCUAUGCUUCGGCACCAAUUGGAAAUCUCCGAUUUGCAGCUCCGGUGGCUUAUGAUGCCAAUGGUACCAUUCAGGCAACUGCCUAUAGCCCUGAUUGCCCUGCAAAUGCUGGCUCAGUUCCAGAUUACCCUGGCUUUACUCCGCAGGCUCCCAAAAUUGUAAAGUCCUUUACCCAGGCUCUGGGAACUUCCCAGAGCGAAGACUGUCUUUUCUUGAAUGUGUGGACCCGUCCCACAGUCUCCAACUUGAAGCCAGUUCUGCUAUGGUUCCACGGUGGUCGUUUUACUGGAGGCGGCGCCAACAAUCCAUACUAUGAUGGACAAGUCUUGGCGGAUGAACAUGAUGUGGUGGUGGUGACCAUCAACUACCGAUUGAAUAUCUUUGGUUUCUCUGGUGCACCAAAUCUUCCCCAAAACGUCGGACUUCUGGAUCAACGUAUGGCAGUGGAAUGGGCUCAUCAGAAUAUCGCUGCGUUUGGUGGAGACCCAAAUCGUAUCACAAUCUUCGGACAGUCUGCUGGUGGCUCUGCCGUCGACUAUUAUUCACAAGCCUGGGCAAAGGAUCCCCUUGUUGCCGGUCUCAUCUCGCACUCUGGAACUUCGCUUAGCUUUGUGCCCAACACUGCAGAAGAGUCCGCCAGUUACUUUUACACUGCUUCCAAGAUUCUCGGUUGUGGAGACCAAACCAGUGACCCCGAAGAAGUUGUCAAGUGUGUUCGCCAGAAGCCGUUCACCGACGUCGUUAAGGCGGGUGGUAAGGUCCCGCCCGCACCUUCACCAGCAACUCCACAGGCAGUGUUUCAUCCGACAGUGGAUGGAGUUACCGUGUUUGGCAACUAUGCCGAGCGAUCUGCUGCAGGCCAAUUCGCACGUCUACCAUAUUUGAUCAACAGCAACCACUACGAACCUGGUUACUAUCGCAUCAGCGCAUUUAACGCGAAUAUUACUCUCAGUGAUGCCGCAUGGCAAACUUUCAAUGAUGCCGCUUUCACUUGCCCUAGUGGUGCAUCUGCAAGAUACCGAGUUGACAGCGAUGUUCCGGUCUGGCAGUCCCACUACUUCGGUGACUGGGACAACCUGCGUUUGCACCCUAACAGCGGAAGCUACCACGGUGCCGACCUGCCUAUGGUGUUCGGAACUGCAGAGCAUAUCAGCGGGAUUCCAAACAGCAACCCGGAGAAUGAGAUUGCCCAGUACAUGGCUUCCGCCUGGGUUGCGUUUGCAACUGAUCCUGAAGAGGGCUUGACUAAGUUCGGAUGGCCCCGAUACAAUCCUAAUGAGAAAACACUCGUUGGACUUGCCUACAAGGAGGGUUCCAAUAUGCAGCUGCUCCGACCUGAGGAUGUCGAGCAGGGAUGUGCUGCUUUGAAGGGUGAUAGCACUCCCGGAAAGGGUGCCUUUUAG